ACGGUAUAUAUAUACUUGUCAUCAGAGACUAACAAGGAUCCACAAUUAAGGGGAGAUACAGGAGGAACAGAAGCAGAUUGAAAAGUGGUAUAAGUUUAAUUCAGAUGAUCAUGAAGUCAUCAGUGCCCGUCAUGGCCCUGAUCGCACUAGUGGUGUCCAGGGUGCAGGCAUUUAUUUCAGUUGGGGGUAGCGGAAACACCCAUGUGACCAUUACUGACCAUGCUGUAAUGGCGAAGAUCAAUGAGGUGUGUGAAGCAGUGGCUGAAUCAGAAGGAAAAGAUUUCAAACCCACGGGCCCAUCAGCAGAAGAGCUGCUGCGUGCAUGUCUGGGCAGAGCCACAGGUGAGGUAUCGGGGGCCAAGUUCCGCACAGCACUGAAUCAGAUCUACAAGCAGAAUGGCUUUGUGGACCAGGACUUCAUGAGCAGCGCACCACACCACUUCAAUAAUGAGGCCUUCAAUGAGGGACGCAACCUUAUCAUUCAGGGGACUGCGGCCAUUAAAGCGAACAUCCGCACCGACAACUUUCAGUCUGCCCGAGAAACACUGGGACGAGUGUGUCACACACUACAGGUUAGCAAGAGGGUGAUAAAUCAGCUGAUGGGUAUUUCGCGAUCUGCAGUGCUGGCUUUUGUGAUCGACACCACAGGCAGUAUGGCAGACGACAUUGCAGAGGCCAAGAGAGUCGCCUUCAACAUUAUCGACAGUAAAAAGGGAACUCAAGAUGAACCAUCUGAAUACAUUCUGGUGCCGUUUAAUGAUCCAAAAUUUGGACCCCUAAUAAGAACCACAGACCCAGAUGUGAUGAAAUCAGAGAUCUCCAAGAUCAACGCUGAUGGAGGAGGAGAUAUCCCAGAAAUGUGCAUGUCAGCACUUCAGUUGGCUCUGACAGGAGCUCCUUCCUCCUCAUAUAUAUAUGUGUUCACGGAUGCUCCACCUAAGGAUACACACCUGGAGAAAACCAUAGCUGCCCUUAUUAGCAGCACCAAGACUACGGUAUCUUUCUUACUGACAGCAUCAAGCAGGAGGAGAAGGGCAUUGAGUGCAUCGUCACAGUUUCAGAUGUAUUAUGACAUGGCCUUGGCCUCUGGCGGUCAAGCCAUUGAGGUCUCCAAGUCCAGCAUCUCUCAAGCCACUGACAUCAUUGUCGACACCUCUACAUCAGCCCUGGUGACAAUUCUUCAGUGCUCUAGAGAUCCAGGACGUGUAGAGAAUUUCCCCUUCUUACUGGACGGGUCUGUGUCCAACACUACCAUCUACAUCACAGGAACUGGCCUCACGUUCAACCUGCGCAGCCCCACAGGAGUGACUCAAUCUAACACUGUUGUCAACGGACCUCUGGGAACAAUUCAGAGAGUGGGAAACCUGCAACGAAUCCAAGUAAACGGAACAGAGAUGGGCCUGUGGCACGUUGACAUGACGACAAUGUGGCCCUACUCCAUAAAAGUGAUGGGUCAGAGUGCGAUUACAUUCAUCUACGACUUUGUGGAGGAAUUCGAAGGACCCCAUCCUGGAUUUGCUGCCAUUGAUGGGCGGCCAUCAACAGGCUCACCGGCUAAGCUGCUGCUAACACUAACAGGAGAGAAAGGUCCGGAGGCUCUAGAGCUGCAGGAGGUUGUUCUCAUGGAGGUGUCUGGGGUCAAAGUGUCUAAUGGAACCAUUGAGAAAAUGGGUAAUGGAGAUUACCUGGUUACUGUGAACGAAGUGCCAGAAGGAGAGUUUGUAGUAAUGCUGAAAGGAAAAGACAAGACCUUCACCAGCCUGUUCCAGAGGCAGACCACCACACAGAUGUCUCAGUCUAAAGUCACCAUCAAGGCAAUAGCAGACAGCUCCAUGCUACCAGGACAAGUAUUUAAACUCAAUUUUACUGUUACAACCAAUGGAACCAGUGGUACCUACACAAUCCGUGCAAGGAAUGACAAAAACAUCCCUAUGACACAUCCAUCAACGCUCAAUCUCGUGAGUGGCGGCAGUGCUCAGGGGACCGUGUCUCUCACUCCACCUGGUAAUACGGUCUCAGGCACAGAUGUUACGCUAACCAUCGAGGCAGAAAGCCCUGGAGGAAGUCAUUCUAACUAUGCUGUCCUUCGCCUUUCGGUUCUCUCCAAGGUUACUGACUUCACACCUCCAAAAUGUGAAAUAGUCAAUGUACAGGGUAUUUGCUACUCCUCCUCUUGCAACUCAUCAAACUGGGAACUGUCUGUCAACAUCACAGACGGUAAUGGCACAGGCAUCGAGAGCAUUUCCAUCCAGCAAGGCAGUGGAAACUUCACCCAGAGGAAAGUGGAAGACGGUGUGAUCGUGGUGAUGGGUCUGUAUGAGGCCUCAUGUUGUUCACCUUCUGUGACUUUGUCUGCUGUUGACAAGGUAGGAAACGUGGGCAGGUGCAGUUACACCAUGAAGUCCAGCGCAGGCUUGCGCCUUAUCAGCAUGUCCCUCCCUCUGUGGGCAUCUCUGCUUUUAUACAGUUUCCUAUGUGAUGCCUUCCCUCUAUAGUGAAAUGGAGUUCAUCCAGCCAAAUACACAGUCAUCCCAUUCUUUUAUGGCAAUAUAAAUCAUUCUUAGAUCUCUGAAAUUGCAUAGCAUUUCAACCCAAACAUUCCUUUACUGGUAUUUCCAGCUAUGGAGGACUUCCAUUGAAGAGCUAUGCUGCUUAUACAGACCUUACAAACCUCAAAGAUAGAUUGUGAAGUCAUGUGACAGGCAGAAAUAUAACUCGGGGACCACCAAAGUUAUUUUUAUUAACAUGAAUUUAAUUUCCAAAGUUAUGAUUGUCAUUUUUGUCACAUACUAGUUUAGUGUAAUAUUUGUAUGAUCAGUACAAAUGUUGCAAAAAUAAAUGUUUUCUAAUCCACAAUAUUACAUUUUCUGCCCAAAUAUAGA